UAAACUAUCGGCCGUUUCCUCGGCGAAUCAGUUCGAACAGUUUGUCUCAAAACGGGAUUCUUUUAAGUAUUUAUUUUUUUUCGAGGCAAGUUUUAUUGAUAAUGGUUUUAAUUUAAAUUUCAGUUCAGUUUGUUGCAGCUAUGUUUCAUUUCAUAACAUACUCAUUUAGAACAUGUUUUUCAUUGCCAGACUGGCACACAAUAUAUUUUCACUUUCAUUAGUUUUCGAUUUUGAAUUUCGAGUUUAAUAAAUGUAUUCAUUUGAACUGGUAUUUAACCAUAAAAGUGGACAAAGAUGUUGACCGCUGCUGGGGUUCAGUUUAUCAAAUUUGACUCUUUUAAAUGAAUCUAUUCAGUGAGUCAAUACGCAAAAGUAAUGCCGUAAUUCAUUCGUUUUCAUGUAUUAACAAGAUAAAUACACCGAAUCAAGAUUUAAAAAAAAAUGUUUUAUAGUUUAUAUCAGACAAAUGAAUCACGAUUCAGUUGAACAAUAUGCCUGCCGUCAAACUAAACAAGAAAUGCUCUGGAUUUACAACCCGUUUCUAUUGUGAAGGACAAUGGGGUUUUGGACUUUCACAAGAGCCCUUGAUAUUUACCAAACAGAAGGAACAAUUCAGCAAAACUGUUUCCACAACAAAACAGAUCUGAUAGGCAAUUUUGCUGUUUCUCAGAGUGAGGAUCAUUAUGAACGCCAUGGAGACUCGUGUUUAUAGAAACCAGACAUAACACACCUCUGACAGCUGCAGAACAUGGACUCAACGAAUAAACAGAGCUCAAUUAACCAACUUCAGGAGCAAAUUCGAUCUCUGACUGAAGAAAAUGUACAGCUGCGGGAACGAAAUGAAGCGCUGUUUAGUAAGCUUGACUCGGUCCAGAACAAACUUGGCCAGCAGGCUGCAUCAAAAAGUGACCUGUCAAUCAAACUGGUCCAGUGUGAGGAAGACAAACUGAAGAUCUCAAAAGACCUUGUUGACGUGCAGAUUGAGGCCAAUAAAGUGAGAGAGCAGUAUGAAGCGGAGAUCUUUAAACUGAAAAACAUGGUUCUAUCUCAGGAGGGCACCGCCUCGUCUCUUCAGACAGAGUGUGACCGGCUCAGACAGGAAGUGUCAGCAGCAUCGGCACGCUUCGAAGUCAUUGAGCGAAGUGAGCGUGACCUGGCCGAAGAGUACGCCGUGCUUAAGAGCAACUUCCUGUCACUGAGCAGCGCUUAUGAGCGAGAACGCACACACUCAGAGGAGCUCAGCGGCGAGCUGCUCGCCCUCGCGCACACACAGGACACGCUCCUGCAGGAGAGAGAGCGCACACGCAGACACACGCUGGAGGUGGAGAGGGUUCGAGCGCUGCUCAGCAGGACGUCCCAGAACAGAGUCAGGCCAGAGGAGUUUGAACAGAGCAAAAGCCAACUGGAAAGAAACGGAGUGCAGAAUAACCUGAGAGACGAGUUCGAGAAACUGAGGAAAAGCUACGAGGGCCACCAACAACAGCUAGAGGAGAAAGUUGUGGCCAUGGGGAGGGAACAGCAGGAGAAUAAGAGAGCCAUUCAAAGCACCCGACAUGAGCUGUCCCAGCAGUCUGCAACGCUGAUUAUUUCUCAACAUCAGCUGAAAGAGGCCGAGGCUGAGGUCUCUAAACUACAAAAUCAUCUGAAGGAACUCAACAGAGAGUACAGGGCACGACUUGCACGCUACAUUCAGGACGUUACAGAGUGUGUAACCGCAGCUGGGGAUGGUGAUUUGGGACAGAAGUUGAAGGGCUUUGUUGAGUCCAUGCUGGAGGAGGUGAAAACAUCCUAUCGCUCCAGAGAGGAACAGCUCACCAAAGCCGUCAGAACGUACCGCAAACGCAUACAGGGUCUGAGCAACACGUAUCAACAACUACUCAUUGCUUACAGACUGCAACGUGAGCAGAUCCUGGCACUCCCUGAACACGCUUUAGAGGCCGGACCCCCUGAGGGCCACUUCAGUCCCGCGGGGGCCGAACUGAGAGGAGAGACCGAGAGAGAGCUACACAGACUGAGAGAGGACAAAGCCCGCCUGGAGAGCCAACUGAAACUGGCUCGAGAACAAAUGGCUGUAUUAACAGAGUCUUCUCAGAGGGUUGGACUAACUCAAGACGCCUGGAAUGAUGUUCAAAAGCAGAUCAGAGAAAUAACCAACUCCACACAGGAAGCUCAAGAGAGGGAGCGCGCCCAACUGAUCACAAGGGCGACGGUUGCAGAGGAGCAGGUGUCUGAGCUGAAGGAGUAUGUGGACAAUCACCUGGGCAGGUAUAAACUGGAGAUAACGCGGCUGCGCAGGCUGCUGGGAUCACAGGAGGGAAGAUCAAAUAGUGCAAGAACCCAUAAGCCCCGCCCACUUCACAAAUCACUCAAAAGCAGCAGUUAUGAAAUAUAAUGCAGCAGUGCAUAAGCCCUGCCCACCCCAUGAAUUAAUCAAAGCCAGCAGUUUUUAAAUAUAGUGCAGGACUUCAUAAGCCACGCCUACUCCAAAAGUCACUCUAAAAUAGCAGUUAUAAAAUAAUGUGCUGCUAUCUAUAAGCCCCGCCCACUUCACACGUCACUCAGAAAGAGCAGUUGUUAAAAUAUAGUGCAGGACUUAACAAGCCCCGCCCAGUUCACAUGUAACUCAAGAGCAGCAGUUAUGAUAUAUAGUUUGCAGCAGCGCAUAAGCCCCGCCCACUCCACAAAUCAAUCAGUAAUAGCAGUUUUUUAAAUGCAGUGUAGGAUUUAAUAAGCCCUCCUCACUCUGUAAAUCAGUCAGCAACAACAUUUAUGAGAUAUAGUGCAGUACAUAAGCUCCGCCCACCCUGUAAAUCCAUCAACAGCAGCAGUAACGAGAUGCAAAAAAAAAUGAUUUGGUUGAUAAUUUCAGCUCAUAAUAUGAAAUUAAUGGUGUGAUAAGCUUUCUUAUGCCUAAUUAAAAUAAUAAAUGCAUAAACAGCAUUAGCCAAUCAUGAAGUGUGUUUACAUGCACAUCUUACACCAGAAGACAUGAAAUGUCAUUUAAAUCAUUUUAAAUCUCUUAACAUCUAGAUUCUGUUUUGCAUGUAAACACCUUUAUCAUCUGUUUACGUUCAGAUGAUUUUCUUGUGAUACGGGUUUAUUGAUUUGCAUGCAAUUUCUAAAAACCGGGUUAUAAAAUAGAUGAUUUUUGAUCAUUAUCAGGGUUUUGUUGUACAUGUAAACACUCGUUAAUGCAAUCAUUUGCAUUUCAAGUGCAAUUUUACUCAUGUUUAAUGCUAAACUCACAAAUGUCUAAUUUCAAGAAGUUUGGGUUUUGCACUUAUAAUGAUUCUGAUUAAAUAGUUUAUUGUAAUUAUUAAUAAUUUGUUAUUGAUUUAUAGUUGAAUCAUCAAAUUGAAACAACACAGCAAUAUGACUUGUACUGCGUGUUUAAAUCCUUUAGAAACACGUGUGCGUGUGUGUGUGUGUGUGUGUGUGUGUGUGUAAUUGAAUUUGCUCUUCCUUCCUGAGAAACUAUGUGUGGAAUGUUUGUAAAGCUUAUGUCAAUUUUACGGGCUGCGAGAAUGAAAGGCUGCUGACAAUUAAUUGUCUGAUGGGUUAAGAUAAUUUAAUUACAGAGCAUGUAGUUCACACACAUGCUGAUCUCUGAGAAACAUACGACACUAAAUGUGACAGACGGGUUAUUUGUACACGUAAUAAAUCAGUUGCAGUGGUUUCAUGGGCUAGUCGUAUCAGUGUUUUUCACACUCCGCUUUCAGGGUUAGAGGCAUUUAAUGUAUUUUAGUUUAGUGUUGUUAGAA